CCCACGACGCCUGGAGCAAAUAAUUGAUUCCCUGCGUCUUCUUCGUCCGCUUCACUCUCUCUCUCCACCGUCUGCAGAUCGACCAAACCUCCUCCUCCUCCUCCUCCCAUUAAGCCGGUCGCCUCUACAAUGAGAACCUUGCUAGACCCAGUUUUCUCCUUGGUAAUUCUGAUCCUGUGCAGCUCCAUUACCCCGAUCUGCAGCUUCAACAUCACUAAGAUCCUUGCGCAGCACCCAGACUUCUCGACCUUCAACCACUAUCUCUCCGCCACUCACCUCGCCGGCGAGAUCAACCGACGGAAAACCAUCACCGUACUCACCAUUUCCAACUCUGGAAUGAAUUCCAUCCUCUCCAAGCACCUUACCCUUUAUACUCUUAGAAACCUCCUCUCCCUCCAUGUCCUCGUCGACUACUUCGGCGCCAAGCAACUCCAUCAGCUCAACCGCGGAACCACCCUCUCCUCCACCCUCUUCCAAGCUACCGGCGCCGCUCCUGGCACCACCGGAUUCGUGAACAUCACCCUCCACCGGGCCGGCCGCGUCUUCUUCUCCGCCACUGAUUCCGGCGGAAAUCCUCCCGUAUCCUUUGUCAAAUCUCUAAAGGAAAUCCCCUAUUUCAUUUCUGUGAUCCAAAUCAGCUCUCCCCUUUCCUCCCCAGAGGCAGAGGCUCCCACCCCUGCUCCCACAGACGUCAAUAUCACUGCCCUAAUGGCCAAGAAGGGCUGCAAGACCUUUUCCGACCUCCUCGAUUCCACCGCCGACGCCGCCGCUUCCCUCUCUUCCAAUGUCGGCAGCGGUCUUUCCGCAUUUUGUCCCGUCGAUCAGGCCGUAAACCCCUUUCUCCCACUUUUCAAGAACCUCAGUACCGAAGACAAACUCUCGGUUCUCCUGUACCACGCAAUACCCGUCUAUUACUCCAUCCAGAUGCUGAAAUCUAACAAUCAUGUUAUGACCACCCUCGCAACGAAAGGCGCCAAGAAGAACUAUAACCUCACAGUACGGAACGAUGGCGAGGUGGUGACGCUGAGGACGAAGGUCGAUACAGCAAAGAUCACAGGCACGCUCAUUGAUGAGGAUCCGCUCGCCGUGUACACCAUUGAUGUGGUGUUGAAGCCCAGGGAGCUCUUUAAGCCGGUUGAAGCGCCGGCGCCGGCGCCGGCCACAGAUGCGGUUCCACAGAUGCGGUUGCAGAUUCGCCGAAGAGGGCGAAGAAACAACACAAGCACGCAUUGCCGCAGCCGGCAGCGGCGGAGCCGGCUGAUAGCCCGGAUGACGAGCCGGCAGAUCUGA